GCUGGUUCCUAUUUAAACUCAGGCAAGGAGGAAAAUGGCGGCGAGGAGCUGAGUGUGGGGGACUUGGGGAAAAGGAGACGCUAGCGAGCUCUGGCUCCCUUCCCUGCACUCAUGAAAAGUAUUUUGAGAAGACCAGUUUAGAAAGCUACCACUACACUAUUUCUGAACAUCAAAAAAGCAGGAGGUGAUUUACAAUGAUUACUGGUCCUGAUGGUCCACUGAAAAGUCUUCUCUGCUUGAAUGUGUGUUAAGGACAAUUGCUGAUGUAAACUCAGUUGGCUGUUGCUCAAUCAAGAUGAGUGGAUUGGGAGAAAACUCCUUGGACAGCUUGACCAGUGAGUCAAGGAAACGCAAGCCAUUGCCCUGUGAUGCCCCAGGACCAGGUCUGAUCUGCAGUGGUGAGAAACGCCGACGUGAGCAGGAAAGCAAAUAUAUUGAGGAGCUAGCUGAGCUGAUAUCUGCUAAUCUGAGUGACAUUGACAAUUUCAAUGUCAAACCAGAUAAAUGUGCAAUUUUAAAGGAAACUGUAAGACAGAUCCGGCAGAUAAAGGAACAAGGAAAAACAGCAUCCUGUGAUGAUGAUGUACAGAAGGCUGAUGUAUCUUCUACAGGUCAAGGGGUUAUUGAUAAGGAUUCAUUGGGACCUCUUUUACUACAGGCAUUGGAUGGUUUCCUGUUUGUAGUAAAUCGAGAUGGGAACAUUGUAUUUGUAUCAGAAAAUGUCACACAAUAUCUGCAGUAUAAACAAGAGGAUUUGGUUAAUACAAGUGUCUACAGCAUCUUGCAUGAAGAGGACCGGAAGGACUUCCUUAAAAACUUACCUAAAUCUGCAGUUAAUGGAGUUGCUUGGACCAAUGAAACACCUAGACAGAAGAGUCAUACGUUUAAUUGCCGCAUGAUGGUAAAAACAUCUCAUGAUCUUUUGGAUGAUGUGGGCAGCAACCAGGACUCGCGUCAGAGAUAUGAAACCAUGCAGUGUUUUGCUUUAUCUCAGCCAAGAGCUAUGAUGGAAGAAGGAGAAGAUUUGCAGUCCUGUAUGAUUUGUGUGGCACGUCGCAUCACUACAGUGGAAAGGGUAUUUCCAACAAACCCAGAAAGCUUUAUUACAAGACAUGACCUUUCAGGUAAACUCGUCAACAUAGAUACAAACUCAUUACGGUCUUCCAUGAGACCUGGCUUUGAAGAUACAAUCCGUCGGUGUAUUCAGAGGUUUUUGUGCCAUAAUGAUGGACAGUCCUGGUCAAACAAACGCCACUAUCAAGAAGCUUAUAUACAAGGCCAUGCUGAAACUCCACUGUAUCGGUUCUCCUUAGCAGAUGGUACUAUAGUGACGGCACAAACAAAGAGUAAACUGUUACGAAAUCCAGGAACUAAUGACCGUCAUGGAUUUGUCUCCACCCACUUCCUUCAAAGAGAACAGAAUGGAUAUCGUCCAAAUCCCAAUCCAGUGGGACAAAACAUCAGAGCAUCUACAGCUGGAAGCACAAAUUCUGUUGGUGCUAUUAUGAACAUGUCACCAGGUCAAAGCAUGCCAAUGCAGAACAGAAACUAUGGCAUGGGAGAUCCCAGUGCGAUGGGACAGAUGAGCGGCAUUAGAUACAUAGGUCCUGGUAAUAUUGGACCCAUCAACUCUGGACCAGGAAUGCAGUCCUCUCCUUAUCAGAACAACAAUUAUGGGUUAACGAUGAGUAGUCCACCACAUGGUAGUCCCAGCUUGACUUCCAGCCAACAGAACUUAAUGAUUUCUCCUAGGAAUCGUGGGAGUCCAAAAAUGGGUUCACACCAGUUUUCUCCAGUUGCAGGUAUGCACUCGCCAAUGGGAGCUGCUAGCAACACUGGCAACAACAGCUUCUCUAGCAGUUCCCUUAGUGCCCUUCAAGCCAUUAGCGAGGGGGUUGGAACUUCCCUUCUAUCAACACUUUCCUCACCGGGUCCAAAAUUGGAUAAUUCCCCAAAUAUGAAUAUAGCUCAGCAAAGUAAAAUGGGCAACCAGGACUCAAAGAGUCCUUCUGGCUUGUAUUGUGAACAAAGUCAAGUGGAGAGUUCUAUGUGCCAGUCAAACAACAGGGACCUCCUUAGUGACAAAGACAGUAAAGAAGGAAAUCUGGAAGGGUCUGAGAGUCAGAGGGGACCAAAUGAAAGCAAAGGUCAUAAAAAGCUCCUUCAGUUACUCACAUGCUCCUCAGAUGAGAGAGGGCAUUCUACGUUGUCAAACUCACCAUUGGAUUCUGGUUGUAAAGAAUCUUCUACCAAUGUUACAAGUCCCUCAGGAGUCUCCUCUUCUACAUCUGGAGGGGUCUCUUCGUCAUCAAACAUGCAUGGGUCCCUGCUACAAGAAAAGCACAGGAUUUUGCAUAAAUUGUUACAGAAUGGUAAUUCUCCAGCAGAAGUAGCAAAGAUCACAGCUGAAGCUACUGGUAAAGAUACCUACCAUGACUCCAGCAAUACAGCCCCCUGUGUAGAAGGAACUAUCAAACAGGAACAACUGAGUCCUAAGAAGAAGGAAAACAAUGCUCUACUCAGAUACCUACUAGACAAGGAUGAUAUAAAGGAUCCACUUUCAAAAGAAAUGAAACUUAAGGUAGAAGGUCUGGAUAAUAAAAUGGGACACUGCAGUAGCUCCUCUAUUCCUACUUCAAGUCAAGAAAAAGAGAUUAAAAUAAAAACAGAACCUUCUGAAGAGAUGAGUGGAGACUUGGAUAAUUUGGAUGCAAUACUGGGUGAUCUGACUAGUUCUGAUUUUUACAAUAAUGCUAUGUCUACAAAUGGGAAUAGUCUUGGAACUAAGCAAACAUUAUUUCAAGGAAAUGCCCCAUUGGGUAUGAGAAGUCCCCAAUCUGUGCAGACUACCCGUCCUCCUUUCAACAGAGCCAUGUCUUUAGACAGCCCAAUACCUGUGGGUUCAAGCCCUCCAGUGAGGAGUGUCAAUGCAUUCUCCAUGUUACAAAAGCAAAACAUCAUGGGUGGGAGUCCAAGAAUGAUCGAGAACCAGGAAAAUUUUGGAUCAAACAUGGGUGGACCCAACAGAAAUAUGGCUAUGAAUCAGCAUCCAGCAGGAGACUGGGUUUUGCCAAGCUCUAAGGUUAACAGACUGGAACCUACAAAUUCUGGUUCAAUGGUGAGACCAGGACCAGACUAUAACCCAUCCCUUCCCAGACCUACAGUGGGUGGCUCCAUGCCUGGUUUGCCCAUCCGGUCUAAUAGCAUACCUGGUACAAGACCAGUGCUACAACAGCAAAUGAUUCAUAUGAGGCCUACUGAGAUUAAUAUGGGUAUGGGAGGUAAUCCUUAUGGGCAAACAGGACCAUCUAACCAGCCAGGAUCAUGGCCUGAUAGCAUGCUGUCCAUGGAGCAAGGACCUCGAGGGUCACAAAACAGACAAUUAGUUAGAAGUUCUUUGGAUGAUUUCUUAUGUCCACCUCCUAACAUGGAAGGCCAGAGUGAUGAAAGGGCUCUUUUAGAUCAACUGCACACCUUGCUGAGUAACACAGAUGUCACAGGACUGGAGGAAAUUGACAGAGCAUUAGGAAUUCCUGAUCUUGUAAAUCAAGGGCAAACUUUGGAACCGAAGCAAGAUUCAUUUCAAGGUCAGGAAUCUGCAGUUAUGAUUGACCAGAAGCCUCCAUUAUAUGGUCAGCCCUAUCAAGGGCAAGGGGCAGCAAUGCCAGGAGGUUUUACUAACAUGCAGGGACAACAGCAAUCCUUUAAUUCAAUGAUGAAUCAGAUGAGCCAACAGAGUAAUUUUCCACUGCAAAGUAUGCAUCCUAGAGCAAGUCUAAUGAGACCCCGAACCAAUACACCAAAGCAGCUCAGAAUGCAACUCCAGCAGAGGCUUCAGGGGCAGCAGUUUUUGAAUCAGACCCGUCAAGCACUUGAGAUGAAAAUGGAAAACCCAGGUACUGGUGGUGCCCCAGUCAUGAGGCCAGUCAUGCAGCCGCAAGUGGGGUCACAGCAGCAAGGUUUUCUUAAUGCUCAGAUGGUGGCUCAGCGCAACAGGGAGCUAAUAAGUCAUCAUAUCAGACAGCAGAGGAUGGCAAUGAUGAUACAGCAGCAACAGCAACAACCUCAGACCUUCAGUCCACCACCAAAUGUGACUGCCUCAGGAAGCAUGGACAGUUCUCUGGCAGGUCCCCCAAUGGCUCAAGUUCCUUCGCAGCAAUUCCCAUAUCCGCCUAAUUAUGGAAUAAGCCAACAACCUGAUCCCACGUUCAGUAGAGUAGCAAGCCCUCCCAACCCAAUGAUGUCAUCAAGAAUUAGAGCCUCUCAAAAUCCCAUGAUGCAGCACUCUCAAACAGCAGCAAUGUACCAGUCCCCUGAGAUGAAAGGCUGGUCAUCAGGAAACAUGGCCAGGAGCAGUUCUUUUCCACAGCAGCAGUUCAGCCAUCAAGGGAGCCCUACAACUUAUAAUCUGAUGCAUAUGAAUGGCAGCAGUGGUCAUAUUGGACAAAUGAACAUUAACACCAUGCCUAUGUCAGGGAUGCCUAUGGGUCCAGACCAGAAAUACUGCUGACACCUAAAACCGUGAUCUCCCAAAGUAGAAUGAUCUAUAUUAAUGAUGAUGCACUAGUAUUACAAAGAAAAGCUACAUAUUCUUCGUGGCAACUAGUACUGGCCUUAUGGAAAUAACUGAUUUUUCCAGCUGAUCACCAAGAUGUCCCAAGUGACUUCAUACAAAAAAGACUUUUUUUUAGUAGAAGCAGUCUCUCUGUAUUACUGUAUAUUGUGGUGUACAAAACAAUGGUCAUAAAUAUUUUUGGCACUCUGCCUCUAGAAAUGUGAAUUUGGGAAUGGCGUUUUAGUAAAUAUGAUGGGUAGACUCUAUGUAUACCACUUCUAUUUACUGUAGCUAUCCAAAGCCCUUUAACUACAGGCAGGCAAAAGUGCCUGGAGAAGUCAUGGUAGAUAAGAAUUCUGAUUUCUCUAGUAAGAAUAUCUGACAGAGAAUGUAGUUCCUAGCCUUGACUCUUUUAUAUUAAUUCCUGAAUACAAAUGCUGCUUUUAACCUCUUAUCCCCAGGAGUCAGGAUUUCCAAGCAUAGUGGCAAUGCAGAAUGAAUUGACAUGUAAUGUUCCAAAAUCCUGCCCAUUGAUGCCAAGGGGGGUUACAGAGAAAAUAAAUUAAAAUUAUUUAAACAUAAUCGUGACUAAUAUUUAAAUUUUGAUGUGCAGCUGAGUGCACUUUAUAAAAGGCUAUAUAACGGAUUAAUGCAAUAUCUUUGAUAAGGAUUAAAUAAACCGAAAGGUAGGGUGUACUCAUGUUCUUUUUCAAAUCCAAUCUUUUAAGAAUUGUUGAUUGAAAAGACUGUGUACUGUAAUGUUUUAUGUUAUUGGAAAUUAGAGCAAUAAUCCUUCAUGUUUUUUGGGGGGAAAAAACCUUCAGAAAAAUCAAGGCAAGGCACUGCAGUCUGAAUCAGAAUUUUGCAGGGUUUUUUUUUUCUUUUUUUGUGAAUAAAUUUUGUAAAUAUGAUCUUUAAGAAUUGUAUUAUAUAUAUGACUUUUGUAGGUCACUAACUCAUUUUUGCAGAGUUUGUGAAGCUAAAUAUUUAACAAAGUUGAUUUCUGUAAACUCAUCUAAGUUGAGGUCCAGAUAGAAGACCUUUCAAAUUUUUUUUUUUUAAUUUAAUGACCUUGGAGUUGGGUGACUUUGGCCCAUAUCUUUUUCUUCUUUGGUCUUUGCCACUUAUUUUAUAUCUUUAACCUAAUAGCUUUUUUAAAAUAUAAUUUGUUUAGGGUUAAGCAAUUGGUUAAUGCUUUCUCCACAUUAAGUGAGCACUUUGUUACAUUUCAUUUUUUAUAUAGGGCAAUUUGACAAAAAAGGCUCCCUGGAUUGUAAGCUGUCAUGACUUUGUCAUAACAGUUCAUGUGGUUUUAUAUAGCCUUUUUAGUUAAUGAGUCCGUAUUGUCAGGACUUUUGGUUAUCUUUAAUGAACCCUAAAUGUUUUUCUAGCAAAGAUGCCUAUUGCUAAGUAUUUCUUGUUAAUUACUUCUCCACCAUCACAUCUUACAGCAAGCAACUCAUUUGUUGUCACAUGACAUCCAGAAAUCUUUAUGGAUAUUAAGCCACAGUUUAACCAAAUGUCUGCACCUCUUUGGAUUGUUCUAAUGUAAUGAAUGUAUUUUCCAAACAAGUGUCUACUAUCAGUAUUCAUGUUAGGUUACAAGUCUAUUCAUCUUUAUCUGUCGACAGGUUGUAUUUUUUGUCCAUAAAACGAAGAUGCUAUUACAGAUUAUCCACUUUCAGACAGAUGGCGAUUGAAACCUGGAAACUUCCAUAAGGGUGUGAACCAGAAAUGUUUUAAGGAAUGUGGUGCUUUUGUUCUAUUGUUCAUUGUGUAAUGGAAAACAGACUUCUCCUGAGUGAGUGAAAAUCAGUGAUUCUGAUCAUUUCUUUUUGGUACUGUAACUAUGAAGUCAUAUUUUGUUUUGCAGUAACUCGAAGGAACUUCCAUGUUCUUCCAUUUUAAUGAAAAUAAUUUUCUGUGCAAAAAUUCACACAACUUUCAUCCUAUAUCUACAGCCACAGGCCUACUCCACAAGGCAGGCAGGCGCAAUAAAAAUCUGCUUUUUAUGCAGCCUAGUCUGUACAAUCAGCAUUGAGAACAUAGAUUUGGCUGUAGUAAUUUAGUUGUUUCCACUCCUCAGUCUGGUUCAGCUGUGUUGUAAUGCAUGACAUUUAAAAGCAUAAGGAACUGUUUUCCCCUUUCUUGCUUUUUAGAAUCCACCUGCUGGUUGAGUCAGUGCAACGUAAUGGGAGUUGAAAGGCAACAAUCCCUUGCUUUUUAUAUUAAAUCAGAAUAGAAUGAUUUUAUAUCUUGUAGUUGUUCAUUAUAUUGAUGGAAGCUGCAAACCUUGAUUGCUUUGACUAGUGAAAUCUUCAGGAUAUGUACUACUUUAUGCUUUUUGCCCUUAACUUUUUUUUUUUUUUUGAGAAUGAUUCUAUUUAUACUUCUAAAAUGUGGUACCUGAUGGAUGUUACAAAAGAUCCUUCUUCCCUCAUCUGCUUUUAGAAUGUUGGUUUUUUCCAGUAAUUACUUUUUGCUGAAUCCAAAGAUUUGUUUUAAUUCAAAUAUGAUAAAAAGAUAAGCCUUUUUAAACCUUUUAAAAUUAGUGUUAUUGAAACCUUUCAAGGCAACAAUCUAAAUAUUUCACCUAGGUUGAAAAGUGUAUUUACUAAACUAAAUAGUCCUUUGAUUUUGGUGGUAUUUGAUAUCUCCAAUGACUGUGUUUUGGUUCUACAGCAGCAAAGUUUUCUGAAUGAUUCAAGAAGCUGUAUAACUAUUUUUGACAAUACGAUUACAGUUUACUAGUGUAACCAGUUGAAUCACUACUGCAUAGCAGACAUAGUCUCACUACAUGCCUGCCAGGUUUCCUGUUGAUUAUAGAAACCAUGUGUUAUAAAAUCCAUUAGCAAUUUUUUAUUCAAUCUCAUCCUAAAUUUGUGCUUUUAACGUGAGGAAUUCAAGAGCAUUUUUUAAAGCUAUAAACAAAACUAUUUGAAUGUUGCACCAAUUAGCACACAUUUUAUUUUAGAUUUUAAGUGCAGAUCGAUGAUAGAAUGAUACAGCAAGUAUGAAACCAUAUAAUUCUGAGAGCAAUAUUUAAAAAAAAUUCUCAGGAGAAGGCAUACAGUAUUGAGAAUUGCAUUUAAAUUUAGUUUACAUUAAAGUACUGCUUGAAAUAUGUGUGUAUCUUUACAUUGCAAAAACAAAAAACCAUGUGGGCUGAUUUAUAAAAGGGUUGGUUAUAAAGUAUUACUGCUCUUCUGAUUUUUGUGUUUUGAUGUUAAUAAUAAUGUAAAUAAAGGUUUCUAUUUAAAACCAGAACUUGGUGAUUUAGUAUGUCAGCUGUUUAAGCUCUGAAGGGUGCCAAUUAUAUUCUAACAGGGCCAGCAAUGUAGCAUUUCCCCACCAAACCAAAAUAUAGCCACUCUUUGAGCGAUAAUGUAACACUAUUAUGUGAGAGAGGCUAGAUUUGGGGAAUGAUUUAAGAAGUCUUGGUUUCCUGGGUUUAGGUAUGUCUCAACU